AUGGAAUUCAAGAAAUACUAUCUUGACCUAAUAAUGAUACCAUUAUCUUUUAUGAUAUCUAUUGGAUAUCACAUUUGGUUGUGGCAUAAGGUUCGGACUCAACCACUCUCUACUAUUAUGGGCACCAAUGCUCAUGGACGUCAAUUAUGGGUAUCCGCGAUUAUGAAGGAUGAUGACAAGAAAAGCAUGUUAGCCAUCCAGACGAUUCGGAACACAAUAAUGGGAUCAACCCUAAUGGCUACGACAUCAAUAGUUUUAUGUUGCGGUUUAGCAGCUGUUGUUAGUAGCAGUUACAGUGUUAAAAAACCAGUCAACGACACUGUCUAUGGGGCACACGGACAAUUCAUGGUAGCAUUAAAAUAUGUAACACUACUUGUUCUCUUUCUUUUUUCUUUCAUGUGUCAUUCAUUAUCGAUUAGAUUCAUAGGCCAAGUGAAUUUCUUGAUCAACCUUCCUCAAACAUAUGUGACCUCAACGUAUGUGUCGGAGCUUUUAGAUAAAAGUUUUACACUAAGCAUGAUAGGGAAUCGGAUUUUCUACUCCGCACUUCCAAUUAUGCUUUGGAUUUUUGGGCCGGUUCUUGUAUUGUUGUGUUCUUCGACGAUGGUGUAUGUUCUUUAUAAUCUUGACUUGUUGUUCCAUGAUUCAAAGAAGAAAACGGCAAUGGCUUAA